GAAAGGCUUUCUGCUUGCAGGUCAAAAAGGCAAAUGAUACGAAAGGCGCUUAGGAGUUUUCAUCAAUAUGAAGUCGGUUCAUUUCGGAAGCUCAUCAAUAUUUUCGACAAUAUAGGUUGUUAAAAAUUUAGCCUAUAAUCACAAGAAUGAUCGAAGACUAACUAAGCAUGGACCAAUUAGAGAAAAGCACGACACAAGCUCAUCUAGCACGCGUGCGCGAGUUGAGAAUUUGCUGCUUUAACUUUUGAAGAAAUGAUCGCUUUUGAUCACUUUAUGAUUCACGUGGAGACAGUGUUGUGGAUUUCUUGUUACCAAAAUGAAAGUAUACGUGUUGUUAAUGAUCGCCCUUGUGGGCCCGGUGUUCUCUGAAGAUGAGAUUGCAAAAGAUGGCAACAUUCUGGUGUUGACGAAGGACAACUUUGACAGCGCUAUUGCUAAGCACAAACCAAUUUUAGUUGAAUUUUAUGCUGAAUGGUGCGGUGCAUGCAAAGCUCUGGUUCCCGAGUACAAAGCUGCAGCAGAUAUGCUGGAAGAAGAGGGCUCUAAGAUAAAACUAGCUAAAGUUGACGCUAUCGCGGAGACAGAACUGGCUGAUAGAUUCGAUGUGAGGGGAUAUCCAACCAUUAAGCUCUUCAAGGACGAAGAAAUUAUUGAACAUAGGGCUGGAAGAUUUGCCGAGGACCUUGUAGCGUGGUUGAACAAAAAGACAACCCAGCCAGCCAAGAAUUUGGCGACCAUCGAAGAUGUGAAGAGUUUCAUUCAAGAUGACGAAGUCGCCAUUGUUGGAUUCUUUCCCAAUGCGGAGUCUUCCGAGGCGAAAGCUUUUAUCGAGGUUGCUGACAGCAUUGAUGAAGCUGUGUUUGGAAUUGUUUCAAAUGCGAAUAUUGCUAAGAAAUAUGAAAUUCAUGGAAAUGGGAUUAUUCUCUUUAAGCAGUUUGAUGAGCGUCGUGUUGUUUUCACUGGUAAAUAUGAAUCUGAUACAAUCUCGAACUUUGUCGACGCCAACAGACUACCAUUGGUCAACCAAAUGGUAAAAAGAAAAGUCAGAGAGAUCCAGACGAGAAAUGUCAGAAUUGCAUACUAUUUAUUCCUCAGUAGCAGUGCAAAUAACUUUCCUGAAAUCCUCUGCUAUUUCAACGAUAUUGCCAAGGAAUUCAAAGGCAAAAUCGUAUUUGCUUACUACGAUGUUGAUAACGAAGAAAGCGCUGGUGCACAUUUGGGUUCCUUGGGAGUUGAAGAUGACGACAUAUUUAGGCCAACUGUUCGUAUUUUGGACCGCAAAAGCAGAGAAAAAUUCAAACCAGAUCAGUUUGAAACAUUAACUCGUGAUGUUGUAAGAAAAUUCGCACGAGAUUUUGUCGAUGGUAAAAUUAAGCCCUUUAAACUAACACAAGAGAUCCCUGAUGAUUGGGACAAAGAGCCUGUCAAAGUUCUUGUAAGAAAGAACUUCAAUGAAAUUGCUUUAGACAAGUCCAAGAAUGUCUUUGUUGAAUUCUAUGCCCCAUGGUGUGCUCACUGUAAAGAAUUAGCACCAGUUUGGGACGAACUGGCUGAAAAAUUUAAGAAGGAUAAAAGCCUUGUUAUUGCAAAGAUUGACGCUACGAAAAAUGAAAUUGAUAACGUAGAAGUUAGAGGGCUCCCAACUCUGAAAUGGUUCCCGAAGAAUUCUGGCGAGGUCGUUGAUUACACUGGAGAAAAAACGCUGGAAGAUCUAACCACAUUUGUUGAAUCAGAUGGUAAAGUCAUACCUGCAAAAGAAGAGAAAAAAGAUGAAUUAUAAAAAACUUUCGAAUUCAACUUGUCUCCACAGACUAUACAUAUAAAAUUUCUUUACAAUUGAAAUAUUGAAGUAUAUUCUGUAAACGAAAUAGCAAAUAGAUAUUUUUUCUUCA